AUGGCCACCGCGUCAGUUCACUCACUUAUAUCUAACGAGAAGCUGGGUGCAAACAUCCCGGCCGUGCCUGCAUCGCUGCAUAUUAUUCACCCCAUACCGCAGACCAGGUACGAGUCUGACGAGGAGGAGGAAUCAGAACUAGAUAUACCCGCUACCCGUGAAGAUCAGUCGUUCUCAACACCAAAUGCAGACUGUGAUAUUGUGAUAGGCAGCCGUGCGACGACAGAUCACGCUGAGGACAGUUUCGAGUUGACCAUGCCUCUAUCCGAAGAGCAGCAGAAGAUGCAACAUCGACGACAGGGGCUAACAGAAGUCCCCAAACGCUCGUCGGUGUACACUGUCAGGCGUAUAAGUGGAUUGACACUUCUGCCUCCGCUGCAGACUUCCCCCGAACAAUUGCAACAGCAUGAACAACAGAGAAACCCCAGCAGAUCAAGAAGUCCAUCUGCAACACCACGAACUAGAGCGGAAAGGCCAGCAACCAUGAUAUUCGAACAGGAAGAAUUCGAAGACCCCAUCUACUCCGAUCAAACCUCGGAGUACGAUGCUGAAAGUCUCAUUGACAGUGACCUGGGCGAUGAUACGGAUGUCGACAUCCAAGAUGGAGGGCCGAUCCACGAGUCCUUCUUCGUUGCUACUCCGAUAACAUAUCAUCUGCCCAAGAGUAGGCCCAGUUUGGUCUCUAUCUCCCCUCCGCCAUCACGGUCUGGCCGCUCACCUCAGCCCCAGGCCCAACCGCAGGUUGAAGAGCAGAGUCCCCGAGCACAGAAGAAGCAGAAGAAGCAGAGUGUCUUGGUCUCCCUGGAACGGACAGACCCGGCCUUCAAGCGGAAUUCUAGCACGAGCAGCAGCAUCAAGAGGAGUCUUCAGCACCUAAAAGUCAAGACGAGUGAUUCACGACGGGGGUCAGCAUACAUCUCUACUGAGCCGACUCCAGUACUCCCGUCCGCUGCUAUGAACGCAAGCCCUACCAUCUCGCCCAUGUCUGCAACCUCACCUCCUGACUCUGCCAAAUUCUUCACUGAGCCCAAGAAGCACAAGCAUGCUCCCUCUGACACUGGCCGACGACGCUCUCUCGUCCCCAAUCAGCUACGAAGCGGAAGACGAAAUGCAUUUGAACAGCAAACUCCUCCGCCAACCGAUUUUGAAGCACCAUCAUCACAGAAGAACGAUAAUAAUAAUAUUAAUAUACAGACUGAGCCCCAACAAACACAAAAUCAGGGCCACCGACGACGAGCAACGGAGAAACUACCAACUUUUAAUAAAGUGGCAUGGACACCUGCCUCACCUCCGUCGUCUCCAGGAUAUAAUAACUCUGCACCAUCUAAUUAUAGUCACCAUCCAGCGCUGCAAAGAUUGCCUAUUUCUCCAGUUCCCGACCCAAUACCGUCUCCGGGUCUUCGCAAAACAAGGACCAUGCAGGUCCCUCCCCCUAAUAAUUCACUAGAUCAGCUAAAUGUCCCUCGCACUCGAGCCCGCACCCGCUCCAUCAGCAGCAUAGCCAGCAACGCCAGCAAGUUCAGCCUUCCGGCCUUCGACAGCGCAUCCCUCAAGGCCAUUGCGCAGAAGUACCAAAACCGAACAACCUCGCCGACCCCUUCAGCCUCGUCCAACCUUCGACCAGCUACUAUUGCCGACAGCGACCGUCGCCCAUCGGACUGUGGUAGCAUCAUGUCCGACCGACCCAGCAUACCGUUAUCCCGCCACAACAAGUUCCUUCGAACAAUGUCAACCACGAAUCUCAGCAUGCUUACAAGCGCACAAGACACGAUUAACGAAGACACCAUGGGCGGGCCCUACCAAAGCAAAGCACCCGGUAGUAGCUUAGGACGAAAAUCCAAGCGUUAUUCCACUACCUCGAAGGCAAGCGUCAGCACCGGCAGGUCUAGCAGCACCAGCAGCAACUACAACACUAGCAGCACGCACAUUCGGUCGAAGAGCAUGAAAUGGCUCCAGGGUACGAGCGAGAGUAUGUCACUUGCCGGAAACAAGCUCGGUUCCAUUCUGAAGAAGAAGUCCGUGGCCCUGCCAACGACUUCUUAA